AACCGUCUCUUCUCUAUUUGGGAUUGAGAAGCAAAAUCAGCAAACAACUGAACAAGCUUAAACUAAUGAAAGGGGCGACUCUUGUCGUGGCUUUUAUUGUAAAAAUCCUCAUCAUAUCUUCGUCGGCCGUCAACUGCGAAUCGGACGGCAACGGAAAAUGGCAGAUUCUGACCAAGCAGAACUUUUCUUCCCUGAUCAGGCUCCAUCCGCACGUCCUCCUCUUGGUCUCCGUUCCCUGGUCAGGGGAAUCUCGAUCCCUGAUGAAGGAAUUAAGCCGUUUGGUUAGCGAUCGGCGAGAGGAGUUUGGAUCUCUAAAGUUGAUGUAUAUGCUGAGGAACAAAGAGAAGUUGCUAGCGGAUGCUAUUGGAGCUACAGAGGGAAUGAUAACGAUUAUAUACUUCCAUCACUCUUCAUCUUACAAGUAUCAAGGCAAACUUAUUGCUGGAAAUAUACUCUCUUCUAUUCUUCCUUACAUGUCUGUUUCGCCUGAUGAAAUUCCCCUCAAGGUUCUGAAGACUCAGGAGGAACUGAAAAUGUUCCUGGAAUCUACGGAUAAGGCUUUGAUUCUUCUUGAAUUCUGUGGAUGGACUCCUGAGUUGAUGGCUAGCAAGAAGAGGAACGCAACUGGGGAUUUUGCUGGAGCGGGCUUCAAUGGAGAUGCCGUUACAAUUCCGGUGCCCAGUGGAAGUGAGAACCAGAAGGGGACUGAAAUGGCAAGUUUAAAAUGCAGCAUCCAAGAUGGGUUCGGUGUAAUUCCUUGGCUGAGUGAAUUUAGCUCAGCAAAUGGCAGUGCUCCUCUCCUGGAGACUGACAAUGUAAAACCUACUGUUGGAUUGUCCUCUUGUACCUUUGAAGAGUUUCAGCAAUUUGAUUCUUUCUUAUCAGGAUUCAUGAAUGUUGCAAGAGAAUUUUUCCUGCCGUCUGAGAGGUGCAGAUUUGGUCUGGUUUCAGAAAGAUCAUUGCUUCCAUCUCUUGGUGUUGGGGAUUCUGGUUCAUGGUCCACAAUGCUUUACUUUAAUGGAUGUCCAAGCUGUUCAAAGAUUCUAAAAGAGGGGGAUGACCUUAAGAAAGUUCUACUGAUGGAUGAAUCAAUAGUUACAGAGCUGGAACGUAAUGGACAAGAUCUUGAUCCUGCUGUACCUGCAAGUAAACCAUCGGUACUUCUGUUUGUAGAUAGAUUCUCCAACUCAGCAGAAACUAAAAGGAGUAGUAAGGAAGCACUUGAUAUGUUCAGAAAAUUAGCAUUAGAAUAUCGAAUUUCAGAUCAGAUAGGCCAGCAAAAUGGUGACAAGUCUGAACGAUCCUCUGCCCAAGUUUUUCAACAAUAUAAAAUUAUAUCUGGACAUCCUAGGUUAAAACUAUCUCCAAUGGCACAGAAGAUUAAGUUAAAGGAGAAGAUGUCGAUCAUGAUUGUAGAUGAGGGAAAACGUGCCAUUUUAGAUAAUUUAGCUUCAGAUUCACAAGGAAGUUCAUUGCGUGAAAUCUUAACAUAUCUUCUUGAGCAAAAGAAAGAAGGAAAAUUAAGUUCAAUUGCCAAGGAUGCGGGUUUCCAACUUUUAUCUGAUGAUAUUGACAUUAGAGCUGAUGAAUUACCAUCAGAACCACAGGUGGAAUCUACAGAAGAUUCAGCUGUACCAUCUGAGGAAGACCUUGCCAAAAGUAGUGUUGAUCUGGGCAAAGAUUCUGCUUCAAAUCAUGACAAAAGCUGCCAACCUACUGAUAUUAGAUGCCCUUCCCCAAAUGAUGAAGAGACAACAAAUCAUGUUGAUACAAGUAGACAUUUAAUAUCUGUAAAGCUUGACCAACCUAUGCCAAAUGGUGGGCUAGCUAUUUCAGUUGUACAGGCGGAAGAAAAAGUUUCUAGACAAGUAGACCAGUUGGAGGAAGAACAGCUUCACUUUCAAAGUUUUAAGGGUUCUUUCUUCUUCUCUGAUGGAAACUACCGGUUGCUAAGAGCUUUGACUGGUGAGACAAGGGUUCCAUCCUUAGUAAUAAUCAAUCCCAUUUCACAGCAGCAUUAUGUUCCUGAGCAGAAGAAUUUCAGCUAUUCUGCACUGGAGGAUUCUCUUCAUAGAUUUCUCAACGGAAUGCUUAUCCCAUACCAACGCUCCGAGUCUGAACCUGAAAGCCCUAGAGAAGGAACUCAUCCACCAUUUGUUAAUGUGGAUUUCCACGAAGUAGAUUCCAUCCCUCGAGUUACAGCUCAAACUUUCACUGAGCAGGUUAUUGGUUUUAAUCAAUCUGAUGAUGAUAAUGCUUCCCAUGCUUGGAAAGAGGAUGUGUUGGUCCUAUUUAGCAAUAGUUGGUGUGGAUUUUGUCAGAGAAUGGAGUUGGUUGUUCGUGAAGUUUAUCGGGCCAUAAAAGGACAUGUGAACACGUUGAAGACUGGAUCUUGGAAUGAGGAAACAGUGCUUAUUGAUAACCUGAAGAAUGGUAAUUUGAAGUUUCCCAAAAUCUUCUUAAUGGAUUGCACAUUGAAUGAUUGCAGUUUGAUUCUAAAAUCAAUAAAUCAGAGGGAAGUUUACCCUGCUCUAUUGUUAUUUCCAGCUGAGAGGAAGACCUCUGUCUCUUAUGAAGGAGACAUGGCAGUACCUGAUGUUAUCAAGUUUAUAGCUCUUCAUGGAGUUAGCUCUCAACAUCUCACCAAUGAGAAGGGGAUUCUGUGGUCUGUAGCUGAAAAAAGUGGCAAGUAUCAUUUUAAAGACGCAUUACCAUCCACAAUUCACAAUGAAUCUCCUGUUGGGAAGGACAAAUACCAUGAGGUCCUAUUAAAGAACCGGACACCAAAGAGAGCUGCAGACUAUAGCUGGAUCAAAUCACACAAAUCCAAAGGCUUGCAUGAAACAAUUUCUCAUGUGGUGGUUGGCUCAACCCUUGUUGCUACUGAAAAGCUCACUAUGGCACCAUUUGAUAAAUCAAUGGUUCUCAUUGUGAAGGUCAAUCAAAAUACAGGAUUUGAAGGUCUGAUUUAUAAUAAUCUUAUCAAAUGGGACUCCGUGGAUGAUCUGGACAAAGGGUUCGAACUACUAAAAGAAGCUCCUCUAUCUUUGGGCGGUCCACUUAUAAAAGGUGGAAAGCCUUUUGUUGCUCUAACUAGAAGACUAAUCAAAGAUCAAUACCCAGAAGUUGCAUCAGGUAUAUACUUUCUUGAUCAAAAAGCCACACUCCAUGAGAUUGAAGAACUAAAGUCAGGAAAUCAAUCCAUUGCUGACUACUGGUUUUUCUUUGGGUAUGCAAGUUGGGGCUGGGAUCAGUUGUAUGAUGAGAUUGCUGCAGGAGCUUGGUAUUUAAAUGUGGACAACAUGGGACAUUUAGAUUGGCCUGGAAGUAAUGUUUAAGGCAUGGUUUGUUAUACUCAAUUAUAAUAGAGAUUUGAAAUUUCUAGAACAGGGAACUAAUUUUAAUGGUUAAGCAGCCGUCCAUAGAGGUUAUAGAGAAGAGGUUAGCGUACAUUCCACAGGUUAUGUUUCUAGUUAAUUGAACUUUUUGGCAAAAAAUUGUGUAGAUUUUGUUCUCUUUAUUUUACUUAAAAUUUCCUUGGUUUUGUUAUUGUUAAA